AUGGCCCUAUUGCUGCUGCAGCUGCUGAGCUGCUCCCACGCCGUGCACUGGACCUACCGAGAGCAUGAGUUGUCUCAGGCAGACAGGACUCUAAUAACCUGUCUGCUCCUCCGUACAGAGGGUGAGCUGGAUGAAGAGCACUGGGGGCUGCACUUUGCUGCCUGUGCUGGCAAGCAGCAAUCCCCCAUUGACAUCCAGAGGAAGAAGGUGGUGCACAAUGUGCAGCUGCUGCAGCUGGAGCUGAGUGGGUACGACCGGCCACUGCAGGGGGACUGCACCAUGACCAACAACGGGCACUCGGUCCAGAUCGAUUUGCCACCCACCCUGUCCAUCUCCCGUGGACUCCCACGCCCCUACACUGCAGUACAGAUGCAUCUGCACUGGGGAGGCCUGGACCUGGAGACCAGUGGCUCCGAGCACACGCUGGAUGGGAUGAGAUAUGUGGCAGAGCUGCACAUCGUCCAUUACAACUCUGCAGACUACUCAAGCUUUGAAGAAGCCAAAGACAAACCCAAUGGACUGGCUGUGCUUGCCUUCUUGUAUGUGGAAGGACACCUGGAGAAUACCUACUACAGUGAAUUCAUUUCCAAAUUGGCAAAUAUCAGGUUUGCAGGUCAGUCAACCAAGCUCACCUCUCUGGACAUCCAAGCCAUGCUGCCAGAAAACCUCUCACACUUCUACAGGUACCAGGGCUCGCUCACAACCCCACCCUGCUCUGAGAGUGUCACCUGGACCAUCUUUGACUCUCCUAUCGUCUUGUCACAUGCACAGAUCAGCCUGCUGGAGAACACCUUGCUGGACUGGCACAACAGGACACUGCGCAACGACUAUCGGCACGCACAGCCCCUGCACGGCCGCGUGGUGGAGGCCUCCUUCCAAGCCAAGCCCAGACAAGAACAAUGCCAGCCAGAAGAACUCAGCCUCAAACUGGAACAAAUCCAGACACAGCUCCAAGAUAUGAAGAAAGAGUUCCUGGAUGGAGUGAGCCACACAGGUAUGACAUCCAGCGCUUUCCCAGCUUUCUACUUCCCCAUGGAAAACAUUGAGAGCUUUGUGGAGGUUCAUCCCCUCCAUGAGAUGUCUCUCCAAGCCUUCACCCUGUGCUUCUGGACACAAGCCCAGCAUGUGGGCACUCAGACUGUGCUCUCCUAUUCCACAAGAGAGAGGGACAACGAGCUGGUGAUGACCACAGGCACAGAUGUGGGAUUGUGGAUAGGAGGCCAUUUCGUCAGCUUCCCCCUCUACCACAAGGCUCAGGACUGGCUGCAUUACUGCAUGGCGUGGGCUUCCCAGUCUGGAAUAGCGAGUUUGUGGCUCAAUGGAGCUGCUGGUGAUGCAAAGAGCAUCCAGAGAGGUUACGUGAGCCGGGCUGGAGGGAUGCUGGUCCUUGGGAAGGACAGAGACACUCUUCUUGGGACAUUCUCCAAUGGGUUUGCAGGGUGGGUGACGCACGUGAACCUGUGGAGCCAAGUCCUGAGCCCUGCAGACAUUCGGGCACUUGCACAGUGCAAAGCAGGAAACCUGAAGGGAGAUGUCAUUGCGUGGGGGGAAACCCCCAUGUCCCUCUUUGGGGGGGUGGUGCUGGAGGCUGACACCAGCUGUCACUGACCCCAGUAUAUAAAUUCUUUAAGCAGCUGAAGAAUCCAAACUGCUGAACAAACUGAGGAAGGAAAGCUUGCUCCAUCUGUUUGUUUUAGGUUAAUUGCUUGUUUCCUUUUUUACUUUAUAUGGGGUCACCAGGCACCUGCAGGUUGUUUUCCAAGCAGAUACGAGGUGGCAAAGCCUCCACUGCUCAGUGGGACAGAGACAAAGAACAGAGCACAGUUCAACACCUUGUAUCUGCACAUCCUGCCCACUAUUAGGUUAAGAUUUCCACCCAUGGACCUUCCUUUUGCAUCCCACAUGCCACUCUCUUUGGUCAGAGGAACAGCUCUCUCAAGCCAAACUUUUCUCACCUCCUACAUCCCAUCUCCAUUCUCAGCGCCUUUCCUGCACCAUGCUUUAUUCCUAUUUAUCACCAAGUCACCGCUCUUGCAGGUGUAUCGCAUAGGAAAGUGUACACAAAAGGCAGAGUGGCUCCCACACAGUCACUGAGCUUUGCUUGAUGACAAGUCUUUGCUGUCAAUGGAUGGAGACAGAGCAUGGGAGCAGCUUCAUUUCCAACAGAUGCACAUCACAAGACAAGACAGAGGCCUGUGU